CCUGUACUUCUCCCAACAAAUCAGAUAUCAUUUAUAUGAUGAUUGAUGUAAAUAAACAACUCAAAUGAUGCAAUCGCUGUCGAACAUGUUUCCGCUUUAUCUCUAAUCAUAGAGCCUUUAUUAUUUUUAGCCAUGGUAAAAUCAAAUUUUAUAUUGAAUGUUCAUGAAACGCUGUUUUAUCUGAAAUAAUGCUCUCUGAUUUAUGGUUAAUAUAAAAUGACUCUUUCUUUUUCCGAAAAACAAAUAUAUUUAAUAAUGAACUGGUACGAUGAUACGAAUGUAUGAUUAUGAUUUCUUAGUCAUUAAAAACUAAAUAUGAGAUCAUAGAAGAUAAGUGAUAAAUGUAUUCAUCAAUAAAGGCACGAUUAUUUGUGGGAAAAAAUACAUUCUUCAAUUGAAGUAUUUAUUCAACAUUCCAUAUUGUGCUGAAUUAAAAAGUGCCAUGAACAUUUUUUUUUUUCUAUUUCAGUUAAAGAUUUGAAUUAAAUUCCUAAGUUGCUCAAGAUAUAAAUUUAUCUGCUGAAUCACAUGCGAGUCAAAAUUAUAGAUUCGCUUAAAAGCCUCAUAUAUUAUUAAUUGUUAAUUAGAGCCUGCACGUAGCCAUGAAUAAAUAUUAUUUGUAAUUAUAUUCCAUAGCCAAAUAUACUUUUAACUCCCCCAAUGCCAUUUGGAAAAAGCAAGAAAUCUUCAGGAAAGGUUUUUCCUGUAUGUGUUACUACCAUGGAUGCUGAACUUGAAUUUCAUUUAGAUUUAAAAGCAACAGGAAGAGAUUUGUUCGAUUUAGUUUGCCGAACGAUUGGAUUAAGAGAGGUUUGGUAUUUCGGCUUACAAUACAUUGACAGUGAAGGAUUUGUGGCAUGGUUAAAAUUAGAUAAAAAAGUGAGAGCUCAAGAAAUUCCCAAGAAAAUGCCCGUUAAUUUUCUAUUUUUGGCUAAGUUCUAUCCAGAAGACAUGGCAGAAGAAUUAUUGCAGGAAAUCACCCAGCAUCUCUUUUUCUUGCAAGUUAAACAAGCUGUUUUGAAUAUGGACAUUUAUUGUCAACCCGAAGCAUCUGUACUGCUGGCAUCCUACGCGGUACAAGCCAAGUACGGAGAUUACGACGAAGCUUCUUACAAACCGGGAAUACUAAUUAACGAGGAUCUCCUUCCUCAAAGAGUUAUCAACAAAUACGAGAUGACUCCGGAAAUGUGGGAAGAGCGUAUUAAAUCCUUGUAUGCAGAUCACAGGGGUACAGCUCGUGAUGAGGCAGAAUUAGAAUAUUUAAAAAUAGCGCAAGAUCUCGAUAUGUGUGGUGUCACCUUUUUUCCUAUUUGUAACAAAGAAAGUGAGUUAUGGAUAGGAGUUACGGCCCUGGGCUUAAAUAUUUACGAGAAAGCAAACAAACUAUCACCUAAGUCAACAUUUCCAUGGAGUGAAAUUCGAAAUAUUUCGUUUGAUAAUAAAAAAUUUACGUUAAAGUCAGCUGAUAAAAGCAUGCCGUCAUUUCAAUUUUAUGCUUCUAAAACUCGAAUAAAUAAGUUGAUACUCGAUCUUUGUAUUGGCAAUCAUUACCUUUUUAUGUGCCGUCGUAAACCCGACUCGAUGGAAAUUCAACAAAUGAAAGCUCAAGCGAAGGAGGAGAGGGACCGUAGACAAAUCGAAAGAAAUAAACUUGCUCUUGAAAAGCAACUGAGAGAGGAAGUCGAAAAAGAGAAAGCAGAUUUGCAACAACGAAUGAUCCAUGUGCAAGAAGAAGCUAGGGUAGCUCUUGAAGCACUGAGAAGGUCUGAAGAGACUGCCGAAUUACUGGCCGAAAAAGCUCGGAUAGUCGAAGAAGAAGCUAUGUUGCUAACGCGGAAAGCUUCAGAUCCUAAAGCUGAAAUACGUCGCAUUAAAUUCAGUGCCAUAAAAACAGAAGAAGAGAAAAAGUUGAUGGAGAUAAAAGUGCAUGAAGCUGAACUUCUAGUUACUAAAAUGGUGCAAGAAUCAGAACACAAAGCCCAAGAAGCAGAAAAAUUAAAAGUAGAGCUUAUUAAAGCUCAAUUGUCAGAAAAAAAUGCCAAAGAAAAACUACAAGAAAUAUCCAUGGUUAACUAUUCUAGACCUUAUUUGCCAAAUAUGCUUGAUACUGUGCCAAGACAAUAUUCAGUACUACAUACUGAAAAUAACGUGAGUAGUGAUACUGUUAAUUAUGAUCUUAUCCAAGAUCUAGAAAUUGAAGAGCUUACUCAAGAAUUUGAAAAAGAAAAAGCGGAAUAUUUGGAAAAGAGUAAACAUCUACACAAACAUUUAUUAGAGCUUAAAACCAAAAUCGAAGUCUUUAAAGAUGAAGAUAAUAUUUCUUUCUUUCGUUGAAGAACUUAGAGGAAGAAGAUACCAAGUGACAUUUUGAAAAAGUGCAAAAUUCAGGGUUUAAAAAACAUAUCAACUGUUUCUAAAGAACUUAAUUUUUUUUAUAUAAAAAUGAUUAAAUAAGACAAUUUUUACUGAAAAAAUGUUUUUUGUAAACAGAAACACAAAAUGUUACUUAGCAACUAGAUAUUUAAUUUCAGUCAAAAUUAAGUGUUCUAGUUACCCUUGUUGACAUUUUAUAAUGUUACUAUUGUUGAAGUUUUACUACUCUAGCUAUCGUGCCAAAGAAAUAUUUGUAAAUAGUUUGAUAUAUUAAUAUAUAUAUAUAGAAAGAGAGCUAUUAUUUUUCAAAGUAUAUUUUGGAGAAUAUACUUAAAACUGAAUUGUGAUCGAAAAAAAUUUGUCAUUUAAAUUAUACCCUUUUAUUCAAAACAGCGUGAAUAAAAAUCAGGUUUUUCCAUACAGACAAAUAGUCUUCUCGAUGUUAUGCUUAAGAUCAACACGGUUUAGUGUCAAAUCUCAUUACUUAAUAUUAAAUUUGUUGUACUUGUUUAUGUUAUUUCUAGCUACCUACUUAAAAUCUUUAUUUACAGGCAUGUGAAAUAAACCCAAAAAUUUUGAAACUUUUACAAUAUGCAUUUAUUCCAAUUAUUUUAGUUAUUAUUUUACUUGUUUUAAUUCUUAAAUUUUUUAAAUGUGUAAAGUUAUCAUUGUGAUGUGUGCCACUGUGAUUAUAGAUCCCGGUGGCAGAAUUGCGGCGAAAUAGGCGCAGAACGAUAAAGAGUUUUUGCAGAAGAAGUUUUUAUUUGGGAAGGGAAAAUUUUUGGCUUUCCUUUCUGUAUAAUUUGAAAGAGGAAAUAAUUAGUGCGUUUUUCCGCCUUACAAAAUGCAAGAAAGCGCCUAUAAUAUUAAAAUUUAAAAAAAUAUUACUUUUACAAUUAAAAAUUUUUAUUCUAUACUUUAUGUUGUAAAUACAACGUUUCUGAUACUUCAAAUUAGUAAUUAUUAUAAUUAAAAGUAUCUUAAAGAAAAAUAUUAAUGGUAGGGAAGUUGUCGUAAAAAGCUCGAAAAAAUUCUGCCUCAGGGUUAUGAAUCAUAUGCUACUGUUCUUUUGUUGAACUACAACUUGGUACUUUUCCAUUUCACUGAUGCAUGCAAUAUAGUCGCCAAUGCAAACUUAUUAGGUGUAAGUAAAUUCAACCGUUCUUUUAUUUUUUAUAUUUAAGUAAAUUCAACUGUUUUAUUUGAUGUUUAUUUAAAUUUUUUUUAAAUAAGUAGAUAAAAUAGUCAAAAUUACUUGCGAUGGCAAAAUGGAAGAGUACCAAUUCUCAAUCUAUUAAUAUUAUUGAGUUAUUUCAUUAUACAAUUCAUAUUAUUGAGUUAUUUCUUCUUAUAAUUGAAUGACUCUUCAGUGUAUUUCAUUAAACUGUCAUCAAUCAAUUU